AUGGGAAAAGAUACGUCAAUGUAUUUUUAUCAAACAUUUCAUCUCUUUGCUGCCCGAGUUUCAUAUCUAUCUAUCUAUCUAUCUAUCUAUCUUAGGCUGUAUCUAUCUAUUUUAGCAUCUAUCUAUCUAUCUAUCUCAGUCUGCUUCUUAUCUAUAUACCUAUCUCAAUUUUUUCCUAUCUAUCUAUCUAUCUAUCUAUCUAUUUUAGUCUCUAUCUAUCUAUCUAUCUAUCUAUCUACCUAUCUAUCUAUCUAUCUAUGUCUGUCUGUUUGUCUGUUUGGCGGGCUGUCUCUUUAUCUUAAUCUGUUCAUAUCUAUCUCUCUAUCUAUCUAUCUCAGGUUUUCCAUUUCUUUUUGGCUGACUGUCUCUUUAUCUAUCUUAAUCUGUUCAUAUCUAUCUAUCUAUCUAUCUAUCUAUCUAUAUCAGUCUGUUUCUUAUCUAUAUACUUAUCUCAAUCUUUUCAUAUCUAUCUAUCUCAGUCUGUCUCCUAUCUAUCUAUCUAUCUAUCUAUCUAUCUAUCUAUCUAUCUAUCUCAGUCAGUGUAUAUCUCUCAGUUUCUUUUAA